CGAAUUCCUCUUCAAGAUAACCCCCAGCGACGAUCAAAUUCCCUCCUCUCCUAGCUCUAAAGCACAGACACAUAUUUAGUCCCGGUUGCUCCUAGGAACGGACCCAGUCACUACCCAACUACCACCAAUCAAUCCCAGCAAAUCAUCAACCCUUCAUCCCAUCCACCCCCAGUCCCUUACCCCAGAUAUCCAUCUACUAUCUAUCUAUUUUACCCAGCCAGCCAACCAACCCCUACCAUGACCUCAGAUCAUCACCACACAUGCCCCUUCUGCGCCAUCGCUCACAAAUACCCGCCCCUCCCACCAACGACAUUCCUCCGCCCGAAGAAUUCCUCCCACGAUGAUCAUCUAAAUUUAUCGGCUGCCGCGGCGGCGCCCACUACCACUACUACCGACAUUCCUCCCCCGGAUUCAUUUACCGAGCCAAGCAAUUCAGACGGCCCUGGCCAUGCUCACCUCCUCUUAUCCACUAAACAUGUCCUGGCGUUUUUGGAUAUUAUGCCGCUGACGAGAGGACAUGUUUUGGUUGCCACGAGGGAGCAUUGUGAGAGGUUGGGCGAUGUAAGGGUGGCUGUGGGGAGGGAGGUACGUUGUUAACUUCUCUUUUCCUUUUUUUGGGUUUGUUCUGGAAUUGUGGUUUACUUUUGCUUAUUUGGAUUUGAGUUGGGUUGUUAUUUUGUGUUUCUGUUAUACUAGUUUGGGUUUGCUGGAUUGUGGCACUGUCUUGAAUACGUACUACAGUAUUUACUAUGGGUUAUCUAAGUACUGACGGACUGACGAAUGGAUGGAUGGAAUGACACAGAUCGGCCAAUGGCUCCCCAUCAUCUCGAGGGUCGUGAUGCGGACCCUCUUCGGAGAGGAGGAAGAGCAAGGG